AGACCUCAGUUCUAACCAAACCUCCUCAAGGAAAACAAGAAAAGUUUUAUUUAAGUUACGUUUUAUUGAAAUGGCAGCAGUGCAAGGUGCUCCCGGUAACAAAAAUUGGCCCGCAAGACCCGGUAUGCAACAUCAGAAUAGUCAGGGGCCUGCUUCAAGUAUGACGCUAAACCGGACGAUAAAUUUGUAUCCACUGACUAACUACACAUUUGGGACCAAGGAGCCGCUGUUCGAGAAGGAUGCAUCAGUUCCCGCCAGAUUCCAAAGGAUGCGUGAGGAGUUUUCCAAAAUCGGAAUGAGGAGAUCAGUGGAAGGUGUACUGUUGGUACAUGAGCACGGGCUGCCACAUGUGCUGCUAUUGCAGCUCGGAACAGCUUUCUUCAAGCUGCCCGGUGGUGAGCUCAACCCUGGAGAGGAUGAAAUUGAAGGUCUGAAGAGAUUAUUGACGGAGACGCUCGGCAGGCAGGACGGAGUCAAGCAGGAGUGGCUCAUUGAGGAUACCAUCGGAAACUGGUGGCGACCGAACUUCGAGCCGCCCCAAUACCCUUACAUACCGCCGCACAUAACGAAACCAAAAGAACACAAGCGAUUAUUCCUAGUACAGCUACAAGAUAGAGCGUUAUUCGCAGUACCUAAGAACUAUAAGUUAGUAGCGGCACCGUUAUUCGAACUAUACGAUAAUGCACAAGGUUAUGGUCCAAUUAUAUCCUCACUUUCUCAGAGCUUAUGUCGAUUCAAUUUCGUGUAUAUGUAAGAUUUAUAUUGUAUUUGCACAUCUGAAGCGGUUUCGCCGACUCUGCUCGCCUCCUGUUGAUUGUAGCGUGAUGUUUUAUAGCCUAUGCUAUAACCUACCUCGAUUAAUGCGGUAUUCAUAACAAAAAUAAUUAUAUCGGUCUACAAAACAAAAAUAACCAAUAGUUACUGGUCCGAUUUGAAUAAUUACAGUACAGUAAUUCUGGAGAUUAGCUAGAGAUUAGUUCACAAUAAACAAAAUCUUCAGCUUUAGAUAUCUAUAUACUAAUGUAUAAAGCUGAAGAGGUUUGAAUGCACUAAUCUCCGGAACUACUGGUCCGAUUUGAAUAAUUAUUCUUGUGUUGGAUAGUACAUUUAUUGAGGAAGGCUAUAAGCUUAUGUUAUAUGCAUGAUGUUUCAUGCUACAGUCAAUAGGAGCCCAACAAAUGAAUGGACAUAGAAAAAGAAUUUACUUAAGUAAAUGUCCGAAUACUCAAACGCUACUCAAUUUUAAGACGCUCUCAAAACUAGUUCUGUCCCUAUCAAUUCAAUGUCAAAGUCAAAGCAUUUAUUUCAAUUAAUCCUAAAUCAGGCACUUUUGAAACGUCAAAUUGAAUUGUCCGUCAGUCUGUCCGUCAGUGAAACUAGGCGCUCGUUCCAAAGUGUAGCUUUGAAUGGAGAAGAACGAGCAAGAAAAUCCAUUGUUAUUCUUUUUAGAAAAAUGUAUUUUACAAUAUCUCUGAUACAUUAUUUGAUAAUUUACCUAUUGUACAUAUAUGUAGGAACAAUGUAACGACAAUACGGCGUCAAUUCUUUAUAAAAUGACAGAGAUAGCACGAUAUUUGAGUACAACUUAAAAUUGAGUAGCGUUUCAGUAUUCGGACGUAAAUGUCCUAUAUUUUUUUGAACGGAGUAUAAUGUGUUGUGUAAUUUUAUUUUGGUGUAAAGAAGUUAUAUGAUAAUAUACCUCUUUUUUUGUUUGUGGGUAUAUAAGCCGGUAAACGAGCAGACGGAUCACCUGAUGGUAAGCAAUCGCUGCCGCCCAUGGACAUAUGAAACACCAGAGGCGUUAUAAGAGCGUUGCCAGGCUUUUAGGGGUGAGAAUUUGAGGAUUGUUGGAGAUUCGGAGGCUGGGGUGAUUGGGUCUCCGGUAACCUCACUCACACAACGCAAGCGUUGUUUCACGUCGGUUUUCUGCUUGGCCGUGGUAUCACUCCGGUCGAGCCGGCCCAUUCGUGCCGAAGCAUGGCUCUCCCACACUUCUUUAAUUGUGCCCAGUAUAUGGCAAUAGGCUCACCCCCUAUUACAUGGGACUUAUAACACUAAUGGUGAAAAGUGUGUGUACAUUGUAUAGCGGCAUUACGUGCCGUAAUGUGCACCUCUGCCUACCUAUUCGGGGAUAUUUCAAAGUAUUGCUUACCAUCAGGUGACCCAUCUGCUCGUUUACCGACCUAUACUAUAAAAAUACAUAUAUUUUGAUAUGUAUAUAUAUACAGUGUGAUAGGGGUGAGACUUCUAACCCGUUAAGGCUGAG